UUCACUACAGUAAUGCAAACUGCUGAGCUUUGACGGGUUUUGCUGCUGCUGUCGCAUGUCACUUCACAGGAACUUUGAUUUGCAUGUUUUAAAAUGAAGAUUGCCCUGGUUCUUUUUUUGUGGUCACAGAUGGAGGUUUAAAAGGUAGUGAACUUUGUGUGUGGAACAAGAACUGAAGGGUCUGAUCUGGAGGUUGUGAAUACAGUGUGUUGAUAAAAGGACACCUAAACUGGAACCUCAGGUAAAAACAGCUGGCACUCUCCUAAUGCCACAGAGAUCAAAGGGUGUCCUCUCAUCCCAGUGUGGAUCCCUCUGUGGUAUGUAUUGCAGUUUUACUUGAAGAUUUAAUAGUCUCAGGUUGCUUACCAUGAGCCCUAUUUGGAUGCCCAUGUCAAGCAUUAGGGCUUUGUGACUUUUGCAGUUAUCUUAGGAGAUUUCAUCUUUUUGUCUUUCCUCUAGGGCAGUGGUUUUUAAACUUUUUAGACUCACAGAACAUUUUCAUAUCACUUCUGCCACAGAAGCCCUACCUUGUCCUGUGAGCUGACACAGAGCAGGCAUCCCAGCCCAACAAGACAGCACACCACCUCCAGCCUGCUCCCCUAUUGCCUCCAAUCUCUGUGAAGAGCCACUAAUGACCCCGAGCGUAACCCCAAGGUUCCACGGACCAGUUUGAAAACCACUGCUGUAGGGGGAUGGAGUGGCUUACAAGCCACCAUCAUAGGAAAAGCUUAAAUGAUGCAGCGCAUAUUUAAGAAAGGAAAAGAACAGAUAGAUAUAAAGACAAUCAUUUACUUCCCUCUCUCAUUUAGCAGCUGUGGCAGGGAGUACAUAAUACCUGGAUUGUGAAAGUGUGCAUGACAAAUUAUAAUGGUUGCUAGCCUGUAAAAGCAGCUGUAUCAGCAGCAAGAGUUGCUGUAUCAGCAGCAUCUCAGCUUAGGUCAGAAUUUCUUCAACCUCUCAAAAGUUUCUCAGAAUUGUGUCCCUUCCUUUAAGAGCUAGUUGAAAUAGAAAAAUUCAUAAGAGGAGAGAAUUAAAAGGAACCUCCUGGUUCAUCAUGGACAACCAUGCCCUAUGCAGCAUUCCCCUUCCACAAACUAAUUCAUCUCCUUUUUUGCCCCUAGAAAUUCUGUUGGAGGCUGGUCCAGAACUUCAUGACUUCCAUGUUGUCUCAACUCCAAGAAGCAACAUGGAAACAACAAAUUGCCUGGAGAAGAAGAGUCCCAAAGAAAAGAACUGUAGAUGCUAUUGGAUAGUCUGUAUUUUGAUUUCUUUCUUUCUUUUGACACUGGUUUUGGUCCUGUUUUGCAUAGUCCGCUGUUUUACCCAUCCUGCGCAGACUUCUGACAUCUGCUGGGUUCAUGCAACUUGGCCUUCAAAUUCCACUGGCAUCGUUCGCUGGAAAUGGAACAUGACAAACUGCAGUAAUUCAGUGCAGAACAUCACUGAGAAUAAUCAUGAUAUGUUGGAGAUCCUGCAGGAUGGCUUGUACUUUGUGUACAGUUCAGUGCACCAUCUCAAUAGUAUUGAUGAUGACAAUUUUACGAUAAUGCUGCACAGUAAGAAUUACUUGCUUGACAAGGUUACUGGGCCAAAUUGUGGAGACACAUCUUCCACAAUCAGUUUUGGAAGACCACAUCUCUUGAAGAAGGGGGAAAGGCUGUACCUUUUAUUCAAUAACAAUUUGAUGUACAUCUCAAGAAAUAUAACUUACUGGGGGCUGUUCAGAAUGCACUAGGGUUCCACUCUUGAGUGGCUCCUGCCACGCUCCAAGGAACUUGCCGUUUUUCUCCAUAUCAAACCCAAGAAUAAAGCAGAGGUUUUUCUAGCAGUCCUCUACUCAUCUUGUCAGGGUGACUAAAACAGGCACUCAGUAAAGACAUGGCUUUGUGAUACCGGUAACAAUGAUGGAUAUUGUCCAAUUGUCACCAGAAAUGAAAACAGACAAUUCUGGAACAACAUCGUGAAUGCAGGAAUGAAACAUCUUGAUACAGGCGAGGUGCCAGUCAGAAAGUCUUGGGAAAAAAUAGUCACUACAUCCUGCUGUAGUGCAGAGUAUAUUAACAUUUCUGAGCUAUAGUAAAGUCUUGCUGUAUAACUGGCUGCAUUUUAGAGGUGAAGAAGAGCUAUCACCAUUGAUACAUUUUGUGAAGUGACUUGGGGAUCCUUUUGAUGUAAGCUGCUGUAUAUAAGCUUGCCACAAAGAGUCCUGUCUAGGGACCAAACAAUUUAAAGCUAAAUUGGGAUUGAGGGACAAUUCCUAAAUCACCUAGGACUUAAACACAGCUUCUUUACUUUCUGUCCUUU